UGUGCUGCGCUGCGCUGUGUUGGGUACCAGUCUCCCGGUCAGUGCUGUGUUGGGUACCAGUCUCCCGGUCAGUGCUGUGUUGGGUACCAGUCUCCCGGUCAGUGCUGUGUUGGGUACCAGUCUCCCGGUCAGUGCUGUGUUGGGUACCAGUCUCCCGGUCAGUGCUGCUGCUGCUCGGGGGGUGUCCGAGGCAUUUAUUUUAAAACCGGUCGAAAUGGUCAGCAAUGUCAGGUUUAAAAGCCGAAUGUUGAAGUCGGAGGAGAAAGAGGAUGUGGAAAAGGAAUAUGUCGGAUUUGCCACGUUACCCAACCAGGUUCAUCGCAAAUCUGUGAAGAAAGGCUUUGACUUCACAUUAAUGGUAGCAGGGGAGUCUGGCUUAGGGAAAUCUACCCUUGUAAAGAGUCUCUUCCUUACAGAUCUUUAUAAAGACAGGAAGCUUCUCAAUGCAGAAGAAAGGAUCAAUCAAACGGUGGAGAUUAUAAAACACACAGUGGACAUUGAAGAAAAAGGUGUUAAACUGAAGCUGACGAUAGUUGACACGCCGGGAUUUGGGGAUGCUGUGAAUAAUAUGCAGAGCUGGAAACCCAUCGCAGAUUACAUCGACCAGCAGUUUGAACAAUAUUUCCGAGAUGAGAGUGGACUAAACCGCAAGAACAUUCAGGACAACCGAGUUCACUGCUGCCUGUAUUUCAUUUCUCCGUAUGGACAUGGGUUGCGGCCGGUCGACACAGAAUUCAUGAAGGCGCUACACGAGAAAGUGAACAUUGUGCCGGUGAUCGCGAAAGCUGACUCGCUCACACCCAUUGAGGUGAAGAAACUCAAAGAGAGGAUUAGAGAUGAAAUUGAACUGUUCGGAAUUAAGAUCUAUCAAUUCCCAGAGUGCGACUCUGAUGAGGAUGAUGAUUUUAAACAGCAAGACAAGGAGCUAAAGGAGAGCAUUCCCUUUGCAGUCAUUGGCAGUAACACGGUAGUGGAAGCACGGGGUCAGAGGGUUCGUGGACGACUGUACCCGUGGGGUAUUGUAGAAGUGGAGAACCAGUCGCACUGCGAUUUUGUUAAACUGCGAAAUAUGCUGAUCCGAACACACAUGCAGGACUUAAAGGACGUGACCUGGGACGUUCAUUAUGAGAAUUUCAGAGCCAGAUGUAUCCAGGAGAUGACUAGUAAAUUGACUCAGGACAACCGAGCAGAAAGUCCACUUCCUAUCCUACCACUACCAGCUGCAGACGCAGAGACGGAUAAGCUGAUUAAAAUGAAAGAUGAAGAGCUGCGGCGAAUGCAGGAAAUGUUGCAGCGAAUGCAACAGCAAAUGCAGGACCAAUGAGAGAUGCCGGACUUCACUGAGCGAAGAACAGGAUUCGCCUCCGCAGCCAAAUCCAAUGAGAAUAAAGAGGGCGGGAAAAGAGAUGGGCCACUCCUCUGGAGAAUGCACUGUACAGAACCUAUCACAUGUUUCCUGUUGUACUGUAGAGGCAGCUUGAGGGUGACCAUGUGUCCGGCCUACUUUGUCUAGUGCCACCAUGUCAUUUACAUAUCCUGCUUGUUUGUUUGGGUUUGUAUUUAAUAUCUUGUCAGUUCAAUUGAAGACCAUUCGGAGACAUAUCUGCACCGAAUGCUUAUGUGGAAAGUGCUCUUUACUAAUAAAUGUUUCAAAUGGG